AGCACGACGACGAAGAAGAAGGAGGAAACGGAAAUGCACAGACUAUCGGUUGUUGUCGUUUGGUAGUUUAGCAGAGGAUUUUUCUUGGCUAAAUGAGUUAUGCUAUUUUUUGAGUCAAUCUUUAUAACGUUUUUUUCUGAGAUCCAUUCGCUUCAGUCAUGCCACAGUUUAGCCGUUCGGCAUCUCGGAGUCCCCGUCGCGUUCGAAACCGCUCUCGCUCCCACAGCCGUGAGAGGAGCAUAUCUCCAGCCAGCUUCGGGCCUAGACUACCGAGGCCUCGCGACCGGGAGCGCGAGCGACAGGAACGAGAACACCGACUAAGGGAGGCGAGGACCAUCAAGCGGUUCCGAAUCGGAAGCCCCGGACGCAGUCGGUCACGGUCCCGAGAAAGGUACUCUGGUGGAGGCCAAAAUUACAACCGCUGGUCGGAGCAGAGAGACGCUUUGUGGAGGCACGGCGGCUCUCGAGACGAUUUUUACCACGACCAGCAGAGAGACGAUGCUCAUAGACAGAGACAAGAAGAACUCAUGGCAAGGCGGCUGAAGGAGCGUGAGCGCAUCGGCGAGCAAGGUUGUCCCGAAGUGUGGGGAUAUUCGCCAAGGGUGAAAGAAGAAGACUCUGAUGAAUUCACACCCGUGGAAGAUGACGGUAAAAAUGUCAGCUCGGCAUCCAACUCGGAAGAUGAAAAGAGGAAGAAAAAGAAGAAGAAGUCAAAGAAGAAAAAGCAUAAGAAGCAGUCAGACAGUGGCAUGGAGUCCGACGAUGAGGACGGAGUAAAGAAAAAGAAGAGUAAGAAAAAGAAGAGCAAGAAGUCCAAGAAGUCCAAGAAGAAGAAGGUGAGGAAGAGCCGCAAGUCGUCGAGUGACUCCAGCAGUAGCGAGUCUGAGGAAGAGGAUGCUGGCGAGGUGAUGUGGGUUGAGAAAGGCUCCGCUGAAGAUAACCUGGUGGGACCCGAAGCGCCGCUCACGCUCCUCUCUCAGGACGAGAGACCUUUAGAUUUCGGUCACGCUCUGCUGCCGGGUGAAGGUGCGGCCAUGGCGGAAUACGUUAAAGCUGGAAAACGUAUUCCAAGGAGAGGAGAAAUUGGGCUGACGAGCAAUGAGAUCGCGGACUUUGAGAAGUCAGGCUACGUCAUGAGCGGCAGCAGACAUCGCCGCAUGGAGGCCGUGCGUCUGCGAAAGGAAAACCAGAUCUACAGUGCAGACGAGAAGAGAGCGUUGGCCUCCUUCAAUCAGGAGGAAAGACGGAAAAGGGAGAGCAAGAUCCUGUCCAGCUUCAAAGAGAUGGUCUACAGGAAGACCAAAGGGAAAGAGGACAAGCCAUGAGACAAACAGCUCAAUUUUGAGCACGUUUGUAAGCUAUUAUGUAAAUACCACUUUUUUUUCUUUUUUGUAUGAUAGAUCAAUUAUUUACUUUCAUUUACUCUUUGUAGUGUUGCAAAUUUGUGAGUAAAAUAAUUUUUGCAACUACCA